CGUAUUUACUCGCCAAGCUCGUCAACGGCUAAUCGGCCAUGAGUUUAGCGGUGUACAGUUACGUUACAAGAUAUUUAAAAAGAUUAACCGUAAUACAAACCGUAAACUGAAAAUCGUUAAUAGCAAUGAAAGGACUGGAUAUUAUGUUCCCAUAGAUCCCCUAACUCCAUAUUCCCUCUGGCUUGCAGUAUGCCAUUUCCUGUUUGUAAUGAAAAACAGCCUGUUAACGAAUUUCCGCGAAAUGCGUUCAUCGUAAUUGACUGUUCAUUAGCUAUUUUGGUGAUACAUACAUGUCUUCUCCAUUUAAAACAGAACCAGAUCAUAUUUGCAGAUCACAGCAAAUAAUGAGUCUUUCAUGGCAAAGUUAUCAAUUUGUUGAAAAAUAACUUAGUGAAAUUCAUAUCUUUCUUUAAAUAUGCUUUAAGAAUAUAAAAUUAGAAAAUAUUCCUGUUUUUAACAGUGCAGUUUCUUGGGAAAUUGUCAAAACACAAGAGAAACAAAAAGGCACUUUUACUACUUGUACCUUCAUUACAUAAUUUCAAAAUGCUUUCCAAAGUAUGAGUGAAAAUAAAUUCUCAUCACAUAAAUGAAAUAAACAAUGUUUUCAUUGAAAUAUAAAACUAUUGCAACUGUUUGACUAGUUGAGCCAUGUCUACAUACAAGUGGGAGCCUAUUGCUAGAAGUUAUGACCCACUGAAAGCAGGCAGUAUCGAUGGCACAGAUACAAUUCCUCAUGACCAUGGAAUUGUGCGAGCAAUGCAAGCUGAAUACAAACCAAAUAAGCUUGUUGUUGGAGAUCCAAAAGCCACAGUAUUUGUUGGUCGAUUGAAUCCUUGUACAGAAGAAAACAGUAUUAAAAAGGUGUUUUCAUGUUGUGGUAAAAUAAAAAACUUCCGUCUUGUUCGAGAUAUAAUAACAGGCUUUUCACGAGGAUAUGCCUUUGUUGAAUAUUAUGACAAGUAUGAUGCUGUUAAAGCACAGAGGGAAUUGGACAAAACUGUGAUUGAUGACAAGGAGAUUCUUGUGGAUGCAGAAUGUGAGAGACUGUUGCCAGGUUGGAUACCCAGACGUCUUGGUGGCGGUUUAAGUGGGAAAAAGGAGUCUGGUCAGUUGCGUUUUGGUGGUAAAGAAAGACCUUUCAAAAAACCUAUUUUGCCAUUUAAUAUGCGAGACAGAAAAGAGGAAAUUGAUAAUAGGAAUUCAUACAAAGAAAAAAAUUUGUAUUAUUCUAGGUACAGAUACUCUGACAGACAUGCGCCAUACAAGAAAAGUAGACAUCAUGACUAACUCUUAUUGUAUAUCAAUGUACUGUCCAGCUUUUGGACAGGAAAGAGCUUGAUUUGAGAAUAGUCUUCUGUGAAGAACUUAGAAAACAAGACGAUGAGUGAGGCAUUCGUCGUCAUUCAGAGAUAGGUACUGCUGGUGUCAAACUACUGUGAUAUUAUAAAACUGUUAUGUACUGGAUUUGAGCUUUUUAGCAGCAUUCUUGAAGCAGUUUUCUUAUGGUAAAGGAAAUCGAGAGCUGCUAAAAUUCAUCAUCUGCAUGGCCACCAGUCUUAGUUUUUCUGGCAACUGAGAGUAUUUCCAUGCACAAAAAAUAAAAUGUAUAAUUCAUGAUAAUGUUUUUGUAUAGAGUAAUAAAAUAUUAUAAUUUAUUGUUA